AUGUUCAACGCCCUUGUUUCGGUCUGGGCAGAGAAGUACACUUACGAUGAGAUUGCCGAAAAGACAAUCCUGUUCUACCGAAGAUAUGCAAUCAAUCGCCACAAAGCCACGGUGUCGACCCCAGCCUACCAUGCGGAAGCGUAUAGCUGCGAUGACCAUCGCAACGAUCACCGCCCCUUCCUUUAUCCGGACUUCCAAUAUCAAUUCCAGCAGAUUCGAGAGCGGGCCAAGCAACUUGCCAAGAUA